AUGAGUAAUAAUAAUAAUUAUGUGGUGAGGCCUUUGAAUGGCACUAACAAUAGCAAUUCGGGCCGAUCUGCAUCAAAUACAACAACUAGUAUUCCAUCGGCUCCUCCACUAGAAUCUUCAUCUCCAACCACACAAAAACAACCUUCAUCCAUUGUACAUAAUAUCUAUCCACCUGUAAAUAAUUUUGGUGCAGCAACAGCUUUUCCAAAUAAUAAUACAUCUUCAGCAGCAUCAACUAUUUAUCCAAAAUUACCUGAUCAGCAAUUAUCUGUAAAUCAACACUUGUACAAUAUUCAAAAACAACAUCAACGACCAAGUAAUAGUAACAACAACUCUACUAACAAUGGUUCAUCACAACAACCAAUGAGUAAAUCAUCAGUUCCGAAUACUAGUACCAAAAAGACUUCUAAAAAGAACGAACCAUCCUCUGCCAAAAUAUUAUAUGAUUCAUCUUCACAAUUAAUUUCAGGUAUUUCCUCCUAUGUAAAGAGUAUUCCGUGGACAAAUAUUGCAAAACAAUUCAAUGAAAACGUUAUUCAGCCAUAUAGUACCUAUGUAUCAUCAGCUAUUGGUUCUGGAAUUUCAAUUACUAAUAAUACAUCUGGUGGUGAUAUGAGUCAAUGCAACUCGGAUACAAAUAUUUAUACCUCUCAUUUAGGACGAUUGAUAUGGUCUGACUUAAGGUUUUUACCAGUUACCGAUUCGAAUUCAACCGAUGAACGUUUAUUCAUGAUUUUGGCCUUUACUAAUGGUUUUCAAAUUUUUGACAUUAAUGAUCCUAAUAACGUUAGAGAAAUUAUAACCUCAAGUUCUGAUGAGUGGGAAUUGAAUAAGGAAUCAAUUAGUGAAAUUAUUGGUAGAACAAUGAAUGUAGUAUCAUCAGCAAAUAAUACUGACAAUGCUCCUACUACAAAUGGUAGCAUUAGUAAUGCAGUUCCUGAAAACAAUUUUGAACAAACUGAGCAGGAGGAAAAUUCUAUUGAAAAUUCUGGUCCAAUUACCGUCAUGAAUUCAGAUUUAGAUAGAAAUCAGGACCACUCUUCUUUUUUCAACCUGGACUAUGUUGACCAUGAUUAUGAGGAAAUAAGCAGUGCUCAACCAACCAACCCCCCUAAAUCAACACUAAAUAUUGAUGAUUGGUACAAUAGAAUGCUAGACGAUUCAGAUUAUGAGGAAGAGUAUUCACUGGAUCAAACCAGAAGAGAACCAACAAAACCUGCCUCAACCGCCACUACCACAACACCUCUCUAUACUCCCGAAAAAGUUAAGGAAACCAAGGAUGAAGUCAAAAAGCAACCUGAGUCAGUCACCCCUUCUACUUCUCAACAACCACCUGAAACAGAAGAACCUACAAAUAGGGAAAUUUAUUAUCCUGAAAUGAAUGUUCCAGACACUCUUGGCCCUAUUAAAAUGGCAACUCUCCUCUCCAGACCUUCCAAGAAGGCUAUCAAAAGAAGUGAAAAACGUGCCUUCGACCAACCUUCAUACCUCAAUUAUUAUCCCCUUGUUGCUGUUGUUACUGAAACUGAGCCAAAUAUUGUGCAUCUCUACUCAUUGAAAUAUCAAUGCUUCUUGGAUGAUAGCGUUAAAAUCUAUUGUCAUAAUCCUAAUACUGAAAAAGUUACUGUUUUUCAGACUGUUUCUUCAGAAGAUUCCUUCAUUGUUUCAGACUCUUCAGGUCAAAUUUUCUUUUUAGAUCCUUGUACAUUUAAUUUAUUAUCACAAGGAGUUUGUUUCCCUUCUCCUGAUAAUUUUACAAAGAAUUACUCAAGCGAAAACGACUCUAAAAAGAAAAGGAAAAAUCAAAAGAAGAGAAUUGAUCCAAAAGCAUAUGGAGGUAUCAUAGCAUGCAGAAAUCGAUUUGCUGCUUUUGCAAGUGGAACUGAAGUUUUAAAUGCCAAAUUAGAUUUUACUACAAGAAUUAAUUCCACUCUAACUGAGAGAUCUUGGGAAGUUGCAAAGAAAGCAGCCACUGGUAUUUACAUGUUGGGAGAUUUAGGCCUCAAGAAGGUUUCCAAAUAUUGGUUUGAGGAUGGAAAGAAAAAGAGUUCUGACAGUGAAUCUGGUAGUGAUGGAUCUAACGAUAAUAGUGAAGAUGAGGGAUUAAAUGAUGAAGAAGCAUCAUUCUCUUCUCUUUGGAACGGUGAUAUUCCUCAAGAAUUACUAUCCUAUCAACAGACUGUUGGUACUGUAGAAAUUAGAGAUUUGAAAACUAACAGAGUUUUAAUGCAUUUUAGAGCCCAUAAUGAACCUAUUGCUGCCAUGGCAUUUGAUAGAACAGGUACUCUGCUUUGUACAGCUCCAAUUUCUGGAAAGUAUUUGAAUGUUUUCCAAAUAUUACCAAACUGUUACGGUGCUAAUGGUGAUUCUAUAGCAAGCGAGAAAAAUGUAAAAUUAUUGUACAGAUUGUACAGAGGUUUAACUUCUGCACACAUUCAAGAUAUUCACUUCAGUGUAAAUAGCAAAUGGGUAGCAGCAUGCUCUGCUAGAGGAACUAUCCAUCUUUAUGCCAUCAAUCCAACAGGUGGACCAAUUGAUCCUAGAUUCCACUUUAAUGGAGAACAAGAAAAUCAGUCAGCUAAUUCAAAUGAACCAAUAGUUCUCAAUGUUAUUGCCCGUAUUCAUGAUCCAACUGCUGGUAAGAGAACAAAUUCAUUAGGACAACCACUCACUCAAACAAGAUCUGUUUUCCAACUCUAUGCUCUUCCAGAAAUCAAAUCUCAAAGUACCAUCGAAGCAUCAGAAAAGUUUUCAACAGAAGAAGAUUUAUAUUGGGAACGUCAAAAUGCAACCAUCAAUAAUGAAAACAUUCUAGUAACUCUGAAUUGUGGCAUGUUGAGUUAUUACUUGCUAAAACCACAACUAAAGAAGAGGGAUAGAGCAGCUUCUGCUGAAAAUCUUAGUAGAACAACUGUGGGAACAGCUUCUUCUGGUAUUUCUAUGGUUGCUAUUAGCUCUGAUAGACCUGUGUACUCACCUGAAGAUUUUGAACUCUCUCUCAAUGUUGAAUUGUUGGCCAGGUUUGACACUUUCCAACCACAAUUUACUCCUCAAGAACUUGCUUACGAUGCUCUUACUGGACAACCAACAAGAAACGAGGAAGAAACCGUCAUGGAGAUACAAAGAAAAAAGAAGCUACACAGUAUUACAUGGAACCAACUCUUGGGUAAAGUCAAUGAAAUGGAUACCACCUAUCAAGCAAGAUAUGUAGAUGAGACCCAGGACAUGUUGUCAAAAUGGAUUUCGAACGUCGAGCUAGAAACUCACUCUUAUCCAACCAAUCCUUUGUGGGCUACUGGACAUUUCAAAUUUAAGACCAUCAAGUCCAAUUCAGAUAUCCUUGAGAAUGCGAAUGAUAAUACUAUUUUCAAAAUUGGAGAUAAUGAUUAUGAUCAAAUUAGUGAUAUUAGCAAGAGUCUUUAUAUUAAGGUUUCUAAUCCUAUUCCUCUGAAUCAUGCAGAAAACUUUUUGCAAGAUGAUCCUAAACCUGAAACUGUAAAGAGUGAUGUCAUUAUCAAAGCAAUUACUACACCAAUCUCUCAACCACCAACAAAAAUUACUGUACCACUGUCAAAAAUAGCUGUUCCUGAUUCUAAAAAGCCAACUAUUAUUCCUCAACCAAUACUUAAUACUGGAAGAAAUAAGUCCCCAGUUAAACAAUUCCAACCACAAGUGAAAAUUGUAGAGGAAAAGAAGACGAUUAUUGAUAGCAUUGUUGAUGGAGAAGUCUCCUCGGAAGAAGAUGAGGAAGUUUCAACUGUUCAACAACAAACCGAUGUUCCAUAUGUUGGAAAGAGUUUCUUUGGAGAUAUUCAGCCACAACAACAACCAACAGUUCAAUAUACCAAACCAAAAGAUCUCAAAGAAGACAAUUUGCUUUUCUUCUCCCAUAUGGAAAAUUAUUUUGACAAGUCAGAAAGGGAACAAAAUGGUGAAACAGAUACCACUGUGAGAAAUGGUUCAGAAUCUCCUGAAACUAAACCAACACUCAUUCCAAACCAUUUCAGUCUGUCUUCAUCCAUUCACCAAGAUUAUUUUAACGAUGAAGAAGAUGCUCAUUCUGAAUUGGAGAGAAGAGAACAAUUUUUAAACACCAGUCUAUUGAAGGAGUCUAUAAUGAUUAAUCACUUAGAAGAUGACGAUGAUGAUGAGGAAAAGUUAGACGAAUACUUUAAUUAAUAAAGAUAUUUCCCCUAAUUUCGAC